UCCAAGAAUUUCUCUUUCCGGUGAAAUUAAAACGUAAACAUGCGUUUAGAAAAGUGUUACUUCUGUUCUUCCACUGUAUAUCCUGGACACGGAAUACAAUUUGUUAGAAAUGAUUGUAAAAUUUUUAGAUUCUGCAGAUCAAAAUGUCAUAGAGCAUUUAAAAAGAAGAGAAAUCCAAGAAAAGCAAAAUGGACAAAAGCUUUUAGAAAGGCUGCUGGAAAAGAAUUAACAGUAGAUCCAUCAUUUGAGUUUGAAAAGAGAAGAAACGUUCCUGUAAAAUAUGACAGAGAGUUAUGGCAGACAUCAAUAAAAGCUAUGAAGAGAAUAGAAGAAAUAAGAAUUAAACGACAGAAUCAGUACAUAUUAAAUAGAUUAAAGAAAGGUAAAGAACUGAGGAAAGAAGCUGAUGUGAAGGAAGUAGAGAAAAAUAUUCACUUGAUAAGAGCACCAGGAGCUAAAGGAAAACAGUUGGAAAGAAAAAUGGUACAAGUCAUCAAAGAAGAAGAUGUUGAUAUGGAUGAAGAACUGUGAUCACAAGACAUUCUGUCAUCUUAAUAAACAAACUUAUCAUUUACAUUGAACAUGUUAAAACAUUUUUACCACUGAAAAGAUACAAGAAAUGACACUUUAAAGGAAACUUUUUGAUGAUUCACCGGUCAUUAAAAUAAAUUGUAAAAAAAACAA